CCUCGGUUUCGCUCGCACCCAGUCCCAGGCCGCCUCCACCCUCGAGCGCUUAGGGCGGGCGGAGGGAGGCGCUGGUAGGGUUUGUCGGCGGCGAUCGUCGGAGAAUCGUCCGAUUCCGGGUCUGCUUGGAGUGUUGUUUGACGACUGCUGGGUCUACUAUGUUGAUCAAAGGGCUUGUCCACAUUACCACAUUAAAAUGUCAGCAGAGCACAUUGCAAUUGGUCUGGUUGGAUAUCAAAACGGUUACAAAUCAAAGUUGUUGCGUGCAUUUCUAAAUGAUGAGGAACAUGCCUUAGCAUUCUGUAGCAAUGAAGCACAGAUAUUCAAAUGUGCCUCUCCUGAUGCAGCAUGCUACAUAUCAAGAAAGCGUGGACAUGUUGGGUCAGCAUUUUGUGCACAUCCUGGUCAUGAAUCUGAUAGAGUUGUCCUUUCAAAGGAUGUAUCUCUCUUAGAUUUUCCGGAUAAGACUGUGUAUGCAAGUACAAUACUAGGGGGAAUGUUCAUCUUGGAUGGAGUUUUGAUUCUUUCAGAUGCCAAAUUGCCCUUUGCUAGACUGCCAACAGUUGAACUUAUUGCUGCUGCAAGUGUACUGAAUAAGAAUGUUGUUCUCGUCCAAAGCAUGAAAGAUCCAAUAGAUGAUACCAGAAUUUUAGAGCAUCACCACGAGAUCACACAAUUACUUACAGGAAUGGGUUUGGAUGAAGCUUUAACCAUUCUACCAUCAACGUCUGCAAACAGUAACAUCGGAGCAUUAUCCACCAGGAUCAGUAAUAUGUGUACUGCAGUAUAUGAGUAUCAUGCUCCUGCUGAAAUGAUAAUUAUGGAUAGCUGUAUCCAUGAAGAUCAGGGUACAGAAAAAACCGUUUUAACUAUACAAGGACGUGUUCUAAAGGGGGUUCUCAAGAAAAAACAGCAGCUAGAAAUUCGUCCUGGAUCAUUUAGUCACGAUGACAAUGGUCAAAUCAUGUGCAAUCCGGUCAUUAUCAAUGUAGCAACUCUAGAUUCAAUUGGUGGUAAUGAUCAGUUGGAGCAAGCAGCCGCUGGUGAUAUGAUUACAGUCAGGAGUAAUAUUGAUUAUGAGCAAAUCGGUGGUAUUGUUGCAGACAUGAGUGGCUUUGUUAUUGGUCAUGUGGAUAGUUUGCCUGAUGUACUCUCAGCACUGAAGCUUAAAGUUAUUCUUCUGCCACUGAUGUUUGACUCGUACACGGAAGAUUUUAAGGAGGUCUCAAUUAUUGAGAAAGGUGAGGUACUGUUGGUGACCGUUGGAAUGUUAUCAGCAGCGGCAGAAGUACGUAAAGUCGUGGAUGAGACUACUGUUGUUGUUACUCUCAAAUCACCCAUCUGUGCAAGGAAAGAAGACAAAGUGCUUCUUCUCAGAUCUGCUAAUGUGUGUUGGCGUUUAAUAGGCCAUGGCCAAAUAGAGGAUGCUACUGUUAUCAAAAUUGGCAAAGCUAUUCAUGGUUAAUUUCAUAUCAAUUAUGAAAUCCGAGGAAGGCCCUUGAAGACAAUCCUACAGAAUUUUGAAAUUGCAUCUUUUGACUUUGUGAUAUGGUGUAGCACGUUGACGGUUGCAGGAAGAACUAAUGGCUGAUUCUUUUGUGCAGCACGUUGAUUCUAGUCAUGCUUUGUCUUUAGUUGGCUGUAGCAACAUUAGCUUUUGAUAAAAGGCAGUUAGCCUGGACUCAGUUUUGUAGUGUUAUUGACCUUAUAUGUAACCGUGAUGAAAGGGACUCUGCUGAUUCUUUUUUCGAGUAUAUAAGCAUUGGCAGUUUGUAUUUGACUAA